CAGCAAUUAAUGAGUUAGCAGUUCAUUGAACUUUAGCGGUGCGAGGGUUAAAGUUGUAUUUGACUGAAACAUUCUGCAGAAAUGUCUGGCUACAAGUUGUUCUACUUUCCAGUCCGCGGUGCAGGAGAAAAAUGUCGACUUGCAUUUGCGGCUGCAAAGAUUGACUACGAGGAUAUUCGAUUACCAGCCGAAGAAUGGGCAAAAGAGAAAGCGUGUAAGUAAAUAUAAAAGUUCCGUGAAGCGCGCGACGGUGAAUUAUUUUUCGAUUGUAUUUUUAGAAUUUUGUAAUCUUAAAUGGCUGUUUAUAGCUGAAUGCAAUCAAAGCCGAUGGCAAAUACGAAUACCGUGCGCAUACAUUCGCUUGAAUUUCGAUCGGUUUUCAUCUGGGCGCAAAUGCUGUCGUACUGAAAUGAAUAAAUUACUGCUUAGUCACGGGCCGCUGACAAGUGUGCUCACCAGCACACUCGUUUGCUCCCUUGUAUGGUUAAUUACCGCCGACCACAAAUGGUAUCAAUGAUUUUGUUAUUUCGUCACUGAAUUGAAGUUCCGUUUUCUUCGUUUCGUAGAGGCAAUAUCUCUCGCUAGGAGAUCUAGAGCAAAAUGAAUUUUUUCCUCAAAAGUAAAUCUUGAGGUUUUCUUGUGUCUCACGUUUUAUUAUGGAAACUUGACUUGUCACGUGGCCAAAAUUGAAAAUAAAGGAAAUUGGCAAAUUGGUGGCGAAUUUACUUUGUUAGGAUAAACAAAGUGGCAUUGCUGAAAGAGGAUAAACAUACCCAGCUUUCCAGUUUUGGAGUGAAAGUACGCGAGGAUUAAAAUUAAAGUCUUAAAUAAUUCAAGAUUAAAUGUGAUGUUUUUCCUCAUAAAUCUUUUAUUGAAGUGCAAUGGACGGUCAUUCGAAACGUGAAGUGUUAGACAUACUUAAUAUGAAUUUAAAAAAAUGUUAUUGUUCGAUUUAUUUUCUUAAACAGGCUGACCAAUUGGUCAAUAAUUUACGAUUUUUAGAAAAACGGUCACAAGACAUAUCAUGUGACUUAUUAAUACAUAUUUAUACUUUAAAAUGUCAAGGACGAUGAGUUCUUUACAUGUGCCAAAUUUAUAUUAAGCGACAUCAUCUAUGCCGAAGUUAUUAACAAUAAUUCAUUUUUCACUGGUAAACCCCUUAGUUCCAGGCCUCAAACUACUUGAAUAAUAAGAAGAGUUACAUUCGGAAUAUUUUAAAAUUGACGAGCUACUGUAAUCGAGUACUUUUAAUGAUAGCUUCUGUGGCAGGAAACAGGGAAAAUUACUUGUCUUCUGGGAACGAGCCUGGCUUUGUAAAUAAUUUCAAGUUACAAUUUUAACUGAACUGAUCAGAAUAUAGCAGGGAAACGACAGUCAUGUUCUUAAAAGGUCUUCCAAGAAAUAAAAAUUUCAAGGGAUGGCGAUGAUUGAAUGGGGACAAAAUCAACCCCCCUCCAAAAAAAUUCCUAGGGCUACCCACAAACCCUCUCUUCCCCCCCUCCCCCCAAAAAAUCCCUGGACCAAAAAUUAACCUCAAAAAAUCCCAUGCCGAAUUCACGAGCCUUAAAAAUUUCCAGAAAGCAUAAAAUAAUAACAAGAAAAAUAAAAUAUCAGAAUUUGAAUAUUCUUAACAACAUGCACCCGAGACAUCCAAGAACAUCUUCUGUUUCAGCAAUCACAUAAAAGCAGAAUGACAAGUUCAGAUACUUUUGAAUAUCCCAAAUAAUCCCUAUUAGAAUCAAGCCAAAAACUACUUGCCAAAUUUUUUCUAACCAAAAAUUCCCGGAAUCGAAAAUUCAGUGCGAAAAAAUCCUUCGUUCAUCUUCGUCACUUGAAAUAAGGAGUACCCCUCUCCCGGGCGUUCAAUGCGUUCCUUUCUCGCGAUGCGGUCGCGUUCGUAAGGAACGCGUGACAAAGCGAGUACUGUAGGAGUUGCUCAGAAGGUCUCUCCUCUCCUAAUUGGUCGCAGGAAACAAUGACAUGUCACUCUGCCAAUUGUUUUAGUAUUGCUUGGGGCCAGGGAAACUCACCAUUGGUGACCUCUCUUCCGAACAGCUGCUACAUGACUUUCGACGAAGCCCAUAUGGCUUUUGGUCAGGUUAGCGCACGCGCGCGCCCCCGCGACAAACAAGGGUCCGUCAAGCGCGUGGUUAUUUUCGCGUUUCGCUCAACGAACGAUGAAAAAAGAGAGCGUUCUCAUUGUCUUGGUAGGUUUGGUCAAAUAACCGUGAAAAUCUGAAGAGUCUCGGUUGGCGCAAUCCUAUAUCAGAAAUGAGGGAAAUCUUAAUAGAAAUUCGAGUUUAGGACAUGGUCAGGCUGGUCGCAAAUUUUUCGCCACAUUUUGCUUCUAGGGGAAUAAAAACGGUUAACUCCCUCGCUGCUAGCUUGCGUGUUAUGCGUCGUGACCUACCCUAUUUGAAAUAUUAGCACCCAAGAAAGAGGAACUCCUUAUAAUGGCCUAUACAGUUAGGUAUGGUAUGGUGACUUUAUUUAUACACGG